CCUCCUCCACUCCACACCGCACCAGGGUCAUCAUCUCAUCCCCCACCUCGUCUCCCUCUUCAGUCUCCAACAACCGCCUGGACCUCCCCACCACCAUCGCCCAAGCCUGCCAUCGCCACGCCGCGAAUGGAGCUCCUCGACAUGGUGCCCGCGGACGCCAUCGCGCUCCGCCUCUACUCCCUCCCCGCAGCGGCGGCCGCCGCCGCCGCCUCGCUCUACUACGCCUGGCUCGUCGCCGCGCUCGCAGCCGCCGUCGGCCUCUGGCGCAUCUGCGCGGUCGGCGCCGGCGUCCGCAGAGCCAGCGCCGCCGUCGUCGGCGAAAAGCCGCAGGCCCCGCAAGCGGGCCAGCCGUCGCCCGCCGUUGAGGAGCCGCUGCCGGCGGCGCGGGCGCCCGAGCCGGCUGAUGACGCGGCGUCCCGGAGCGAGCCGAGCACGCCGUCCAAGGUCCGGUUCACGGCGUACUACGGUGUUUCCGGAGGCGACGGCGGCGGAGUGGUGGACGGCGUCUGGAAAUGCUCGGACGAGGACGAGGACGACGACAACGGGGUCGACGGCGAGGUGGAGGCGGUCCUGAGGAGGACGGCGUCGGCGCCGGAGAGAAGAAGGGCCGCGACGGCCCUGGCGGCGGCGCCGUGGGAGGAGAGGGAGAUGGCCGUGAGGCGGAGGGGCGACCUGGGGUGGUAUCGCCACCUCGACAUGGCGGCGCUCGACGGCAGCGUCGUGAGGCUGUGGGACGGCCAGCUGACGGCGUCGCCGAGAGCGCGGAGGAGGAGGGCAGGAUUGGAAUUCCGGUUGUCAUUUUAGAGAUGGCGUCUGGUUAAUCUGUAUAUUGUGGUUGUAGGAGUAAUGGGAUGAUGUUAUUAGGAGGAUAUGGUAAUCUUGCCCCUUGAGAUUGUCAUUAAAGUUAUGGGCUUAUGGCCAAGCCGCCGAGGCCAAAAGGCGAAGAAGGGCUUUUCGUGGCUUUAUGUAGUCCUGUACUCGUGUGAGGUCACAACUAAAAAUAUCAGUGGUAUCUACCAUUCUAA